AUGAGCGCAGAACCGGACUAUUAUUCAGAGGAUAUUCCUCCUCCAGAAGAUGAGAGUGAGAUUUUGGAAUGCGAGCCAAUUGUGACAGAGAAGGAAAAGACAAACGGACUUAUAAAGAGGAUUGAAGAUGAAGGAGUUAGUGAGAAGAAUAUCGAAGCAAUUGAUGAUACGGAAGUAGUAACGAUUGAAUCCAGAAGGGCUUUUGAGAAUCAAUUGAUCCGCAGCAUAGAGAAUAUUGACUUUGCUAGGAAUAGAGGUUAUCAUGUGGAGAGUAAGAAGAGUACACGAGCCGAGACUUUGAUUCGGAUAAGGAACGAGAUUAGAGAACUUGAGAUGAGUGAUGGAGAAGGUGAUAAAGAAUCUGAAACGGAGCUCAAAGAACUUAAAAAAAGAGUGGAGAAACUAAGUUUGGGUAAGAAUAAGAUCAUAGAGACUUGGAAAGAGGCAUUGAAAGGAAGGUCUAUAGACGAGAGAGAAGAAGAGGUUAAUGGAGAGAGAGAGAUAGAGCCAAAAGAGAGCGAUCUUGAAAAUAUAGGAGAAUUGGAUCUGCGACUCAAAGAACUAGAAGAAAAAGUAGGUAUUGGCGAUUAUGAUGAUGGAUUGACUCUUCAGGAUGCAGUCAAUGACUUGUAUAGACGAGUGAACCUAACCAUGAGAGAUGGGAUAGGACUAGAAGAAACAAGAAAGGAAUUUGGAGCGUUAUCAGAGAAUUUAGAGGAAUAUUUGAAGAGAUCGAGACAAUUAGAGGAGAGAGAAAAAGCAGAGAUUGUGCCAUUAACAGACCAAAAGAUCAUUAGAGUGUAUGAAAGACUUAGAUCAAUGCCGGAGUUGGACAAAGUUGUUCCUUUAAUGGUUAAGAGACUUCAAGCCACAAACAAGUUAGUGCUAGAAGCAUCUGGGAGUAUGGAUGGGAAGGAAAACUAG